AUGUCGCAAUCCACUCCCACCGCUCUUACAAAACGCAAGGUCAUGGCCCGCAUGGAUGCUGGUCCAUCCGAAUCUCCUUCCAGCUCUGUGACACCCAAUCCUCGUCCUCGCAUAGUCAGAGCGCAACAUGGCUGUUCAUCGCCCUCUCUCUCGACGCCGACAGCGAGUCGCCCCAUUCCCGGAACUGGUCGAGCCCGUGUCGACAUGUCUGCCUUUGCAAGCCCUUGGCCAGCUGCAUCCAGCCCAGCCAUGUCCCCUUGCAUCUCCGGCCGGCCUCUCUCCGCUUCGUCAGCCGCAUCGGCUACCAUCACCGCUAGAUUAUCGAGAGCUUCUCCAUCCCUACGCUCGACACCAACAUUCCACGCCAGAUCAGGCUCCAUCGUCGGGUCCAGCGCAUCUUCUUACAAACUUACAGAAGCAAGAACAGAUGGUCCAGUCGAUCCAAAUCUCGCCCCACUACGCUCACCAAAGAUCAGAGGUGCCAAGGGCAGUGUCGAUCUGACCGUCUCGAUGGCCAUAGCAUCAGCGAAUGCAAGCGUGUUUGGCAGCUUACAGCUCGCUGAUUCAGUAUCGCUUACAUCACCGGCGCCUGUAGCAGGAGCGGAUGAGUCUCGUUUUCAGAAGCCGGCAACUCCAUCUUCAGCGGUACCUGCUCGCCAUCUUUUAUCUCCACAACGAUCGCAGGAAACCUUCCAAGGUGGCGCUCUCCUUCCCAAGAGUAGAUCGCCUGAGCCAGUUUUGCCAGCUCCGUCACUGCCAAAUCAUGCUUCUUCUGGUUGGCUGCAAUUGAGUCCUUCGAAGCAGGUUCCGACGCAUCACUCAUCCCAACUGGUCCUGUUGGAUAGGCAAGCAUCCAUGGCUGUCCGCGUCUCGACUUCAGUUGCUGAGGAGAGACAUAGUCUUGCCUCGAACAGCUUUUCGUCCUACUCAGCAAAUGUGCCAUUGUCUUGUUCGUCAGAAAGUCCACCUUCUCCCAGCCAUGUGGCAGAGGCUGAAGAGGCACGAGUUCAUCGCAAACUUCUCGACCUAGAGAUUACCAACAAAAGUCUUAUGGCCAUCAACUCGGCACUUGAAGUGUCCAAGUUGAAGCAAGCCAAAGAAAUCCGUCAACUCAAAAGGCGUCUCAGAGAUGGCAGAGGUCUUCUUCUUGUUCCAGCCACUCGAGAUUGCACGGCCACUGCAGGUUUGAGUGACGAUGAGAAUUUUGAGACAGACAGCGACCAGGAUGACGAUGGUUUGGUAAGAGAUCAUGUAGAACUGCAAGAUGCAUAUCAGCGUUGUAAGAACUUGGUGGAUGAUAUGCUUCAACGUGCUCGCAAUGCUAUCUUGCACGUACAUCUCCAAUCCCCAAACACCACAGCCAAAGUCUUACAUCCCCUCGAAGUCCAAGAGAGACAACGCCAGCUUCAACAAGACCACAAUACAGAGCCUCCUACCACCCUUCCUACCGAUCCCUUGGAAACAUCAAUAUCCUUCGAUCAAUCUAUCCCAGAUACCAGCACCAAGUUCGGCAUGAGAUCCACCUCAUCUUUGGAAUUCGCUGAUACUAGUGACGAACAAGCUUGCUCGUCACAUGUACUCCCCAACCAGGCCGAGAUGUUAGAAUCUACAUGCAGCCUUGACGAGUGUCGUUCAAGUCGACAUCCCAACUCACCGAAGCCUGCCAACGUUGCAUCUCAUGCCGACCUAUCGAUCGACUGA